AUGAGGACACUAUACCUAGCUGCCUUGAUCCUCGGACUGACAAGCGCAAGUCCACAGUCCAACCUGGCCCGCAUGGCAGACACCUUCAUCCGGAUCGGGGUCAGAAAAGUCUUUUACUACAAUGAGGCGACCCUCUACACUGCCUUCGAGGCCGCAUACAACCUAACCGGCAACUCCAGCUUGGUGAGCUGGUACCGCGACCAGAUCGACGACGCGGUGGUGCUCCCCAACGGCACGAUACGGGACUGGAGGCUGGAUUACUACUCGCUGGACGACUACCGCAUCGGCAACAACCUCUUGUGGUGGUACCAGCGCACAGGGGACGCCAAGUACCGCACGGCGGCCGACACGAUCCGACGCCAGCUGGACAGGCACCCGCGCACCCCCACGGGCGGGUUCUGGCACCGCGCGCCCGUGUACGAGAACCAGAUGUGGCUCGACGGCAUCUUCAUGGCCGAUAGCUUCUACGCCCGGUGGACGGCCUUGUUUGACAGGGAUAACGUGACGGCGUGGGAUGACAUCGCUCGCCAGUUUGACAAUAUCGAGAGCCACACGAGGAACAAAACGACCGGGUUGCUGGUGCACGGCUACGACGAGGCCAAGAAGGCCGUCUGGGCCGAUCCCGUCACGGGCGCGGCGCCCUUGGUGUGGGGUCGGGCCGUUGGGUGGUACUUCCUCGCUUUGACAGAGGUCAUCCCGCUCAUGCCGGCUGCGCAUUCGGGGCGGGAGAGGCUUGUGGGUUAUUUCAGGACGCUGGCUGAAGGGUUGAAGAAGGCACAAGACCGUGACUCGGGCGGCUGGUGGCUCGUCAUGAGCGAGCCGUAUCCUGGACAGGAGGGGAACUAUCUCGAGUCCAGUGCGGCGGCCAUGUUCACGGCUGGUUUGCUGCGUGGUAUGAAGUUGGGCCUGCUGGAAAAGAGCAAGUUUUACCGUACUGCGGACAAGGCGUACCGGCACCUGGUCGAGAGGUUCGUGACAGAGGAGGAGGACGGCAGUAUUACGUGGGAGGGUACCGUGCAGGUCGGGUCGUUGAGUGGGAAUGGCACGUACGAGUAUUACAUCUCGGUUCCUAUUGUACGCAACGAUGCCAGGGGUGGAGGGGCUUUUAUGCUGGCAUCUUACGAUAUGGCAACCCUGGAAUAG